AUGACCAUCGACGACGCCGAGCUCCUCGCCCAAGGCUACGUCCGCGCCAUGCCCCGGCGCUUCACGCUCCUAACCCUAACAUCCCUCUCCUUCACCCUAACCUGCACCUGGCUGGGCACCGCCACCUCCCUUGGCAUCGCGCUGACCGAAGCCUCCUCCGCCGGCGUCCUCUACUCGCUCGUCAUCGCAGGCGUCUUCACCGCAAUCCUCUCCUACGGCACGGCCGAGCUCGCCAGCGCGUUCCCCGUCGCGGGCGCGCAGUACUACUGGGCGUUCGUGGUGUCCGCGCCAGAGUGGGCGCCGUGGGCGAGUUUCGUGACGGGGUGGGUGAAUGUUUGGGUGGUGUGGUUGAACGUUGGGUGGAAUUCGCUGGGGGGGAGGUGGAUUCCGGCGUGGAAUCAGUUCCUCAUGUUCUUCGGUCUUGUGGUCAUUGUUGCGUCGUUCGUUACGCUGCUCGUUUGCAGUAGGAACCACUACUCCUCUGCGGAGUGGAUCUUCACGGAUACGACCAAUUCCACGGGCUGGCCUUCGACGGGAUUCGCGUUCAUGCUCGCCACGAUGAACGGAAUUUUCGCCUACGCAGGCACAGACUGCGGCGCGCACCUCGCGGAGGAGAUCCCCUCGCCAUCCAGGAACGUCCCCAAGGUGAUCAUGUGGCCCAUCCUCAUCGGCUUCGUCGUCGCGUGGCCUUUGGCCGUCGCUAUGAUGGCGAGCAUAUACGAUUUGGAGGCCGUGCUAACGACGCCGACGGGGUUUCCUCUGAUUGAGGUCUUGUACCAGGGCACAGGAGGGAGUAGAGCAGUCGCCACGGUCUUCAUGGCACUGUACGCACUCGCGUUGUUUGGAUGCUGUGCGGCGAACGGGACGACGAACGCGAGGAUCCUGUGGGCAAUCAGUCGCGAUGGGGCGGUCCCUGUGAACGCCAUGCUCCUCUCGGGCGUCGUGGUGACACUCUACGGCCUCAUCUUCAUCGGCAGCGCGACCGUCUUCAGCAGCAUGAUCUCCGCGCUGAUAGUCUUUCUGCAGACCUCCUGCGCGCUCCCACAAGCCAUCCUCCUAUUCCGCGGCCGCUCCAAAGUCCUUCCGCCUCGAUAUUUCCGAAUCGCCGAGCCCUGGGGAUAUCUCACUAAUGCCAUCGCCGUGGCCUGGGUCUUGUUCACUGACGUCCUGGCUUGUAUCCCCGUCAGCUAUCCCGUGACGCUGGAGAAUAUGAACUGGAUUUCGGUGGUGACUGUGGCGUUGGUCUCGUUCAUCUUGCUCUUGUGGGUGUUUGAUAAGCGGAAGAGGUUUCGUGGGCCAAAGGUUGAUUUCGAGUUGAUGAGGAUCAGAAGGGAGGAGGCGCUGGGGUUGUUAGUGGAGAAUCGCGUCGAGGGUGAUGUCCAUGUGCGUGGUGAGAAGCAGAGCUAG